GAGUCAGAGCGGCAUUAGUCUUCCGCUAUCCAAUUAUUAAUAUAUUUUGCAAGUGAAUGUUAUCUUUAACGUUAAAAGGGCUGCAUUUUUAACGUAAUGCAAUCUUUAAAUUUAAACAAUCUAAUUAGUAAAAUCUAAUAAAAUCUGAGUUUAUUGGUCGCGUACACAUACUUCUAGCCAGAUGGGAGGCCAAGUGCAACGACAUGCUUGAGCUUAUACCUCGAAAAAUGCAGUAGAAUGCUUUACAGAAACAGAAAUUAUCUUAGGCAAAGAAAAAAGAGAACAAGAAAUGUCAGAACGCGAAGACUAUUCCCAGUACUCAUCACACUCACCCCAACCAGCCACCAUGGAGGAUGACCUCAUGUUUAAUAUGGAGGAGGUGGGCAGUGCCCAGUGUAACCUGGGCCAACAGAGGACCCCUGGUCAACAUGCUCCGUCACAUAGUGAUGAUGGUAACGAUACUGGAGAGGAUGAAGACGACUACUACAUCUGUCCAAUUACAGAUGACCCUGUCAUCCAGGCCAAAGAAAUCUGUGGAUAUCUGAAGAACAUGGUUCAAAGCGAGCAGCUGUCCAAUUCUCCAAAAAACUCAUUCUCAUACAAGAAUGAGACAGAGAAAGAAACUCCACAUCAGCAGUCUUUCAACUUUGGGGCGUUCUCUGACAAUGCACGGGCAACGUGGAACAGACUCAUAGAGAAGGCCAAAUCUAUGCCGGACCCCUGGGCAGAGUUUCACCUGGAGGAGGUCAAAACUGAGCCAUGCAUACGAUAUAGGUACAAUGCUAUCAAGGCAGAGUGGUCUCAGGACACAGUACACAUCAAAAUGUCUGGUCAGCCUUUUGGACGUGGUGCCAUGAGAGAAUGCUUCAGAACGAAGAAGCUGUCUAACUUCUCGCACAGUAGUAACUGGAAGAGUGCCAGUAACUAUGUGACAAAGCGCUACAUGCAGCCAGUGGACAGAGAGGUGUACUUUGAGGAUGUCAGACUGCAGAUGGAGGCCAAACUCUGGGGAGAGGAGUACAACCGGCACAGACCCCCCAAACAGGUGGACAUCAUGCAGAUGUGUGUGAUUGAGAUGACCGAGCGUCCAGGUAAACCUCUGUACCACCUGGAACACUACAUCGAGGGGAAGUAUACCAAAUAUAACUCCAACUCCGGCUUUGUCAAGGACGACAACAUCCGGCUCACUCCACAGGCAUUCAGUCACUUCUCGUUUGAGCGUUCAGCCCACCAGCUGAUUGUGGUGGACAUCCAGGGGGUGGGGGACCUCUACACAGACCCCCAGAUCCACACAGAGAAGGGGACCGACUUUGGAGAUGGAAACCUGGGGGUGCGGGGCAUGGCGCUGUUUUUUCACUCUCAUCUGUGUAAUAAGAUCUGCAAGAGUAUGGGCCUCACACCCUUUGACCUCUCUACUGCAGAGAAAAGCCAAUUGGACAGCACCAAUAGACUGCUGAAGUCAGCCCAGACUGUGCUUAGGGGUGGUGAGGAACAGUGUGGUUCGGCUCGCGUUCGUACCAUCUCAGUGGGCCGCGCUCCCCUACUUCUCUCCCGCCUGUCGGAGACCUCGUCUGGGGACGAUAACAUGAGUGACGUCAGUGACUCCAUCCCCUGCUCGCCCCUCGCCUUCCCCGGGUCCCCACCCGGUCAGCACUUCUCUAUGGGCUCCAUGGGCAAAUCUCCUCUGGGUUGGUCUUUCAUUAAUGAGAUGAAUGAACGGGAAAAACACAACAACCAAAGCUCAGAACACAAGGAUUUCGAGGAUGGAGGAGACAGCGGUUGUCCUAGUGAGAGGAGGAGUGAAGGGGAUCCCAAUGACCAUGCAGAUGGGGCCCGCCCUCAGCGCUACAACAGACACUACUCUGAGUCGGACGAGGACAGUGUCAGACGGAGAAAGGUCCACGGCAGACCUAACCCAAACCUAAAUUAUCCUCAUGUAUACACCCCCAGCAACCCACAGCUGACAGAAGAUAAAUGGAGUGUCUACCACUCAUCCCGUUCUCACGUCCACCGCCCGUCCUGCGUUGCCGUGGAGAUGGAGAGACUGGACACACUGAUGCUGGAGCGGAGGAUUGGCAAGUCCAUCCUGGGGAAGGUCCACCUGGCGAUGGCGUAUUACCACGAGGCUGGACGGUUCUGUGAGAAGGAUGAGCAGUGGGACCAGGACUCAGCCUUGUUCCACCUGGAGAGAGCAGCAAUGUGUGGGGAACUAGAGGCAAUAACAACCCUGGGCCACUGUUAUCUACAGCUGUCGCACAACAUUCUGUCGGAGAUAACCAUAGAGGACAACUCAGGGAACCGUAUGAAGGGCUUUAAGUUCCUGCUGCAGGCUGCUGAGGCUGGAGACAGAACGUGCAUGACACUGGUGGCCAGGGCCUUUGACACCGGAAUAAACCUCCCACCGGACAGGUCCCAGGACUGGAAGGAGGCAGUGAGAUGGUACAACUGCGCCCUGAACAUGACAGAUUAUGAUGAGGGGGGUGAGUUUGAUGGCAUGCAGGGCGAGCCUCGCUACCUGCUGCUGGCCAGAGAGGCUGAGAUGUACCAGGAGGGCGGCUACGGCCUGGAAUUAGAUCCACAGAGAGCAGGUGACCUGUUCACAGAGGCAGCUGAGUCAGCCAUGGAGGCAAUGAAGGGACGGCUGGCCAACCAGUACUAUAUGAAAGCCGAGGAGGCUUGGGGCAUGAUGGAGGAGUGAAAGACAGGGCAUCACUCAGCAACAUCAACGGAAUUGGUGAAAGCUGAACAAGCUGGAUCCCGGGCAAACGUUGUGAUUUAAAGUUUACAGACACAUUUACUGUGUGAUUUCCAGAAUGCUGUGUGAGUGUAUGAUCCGUGUGUGAAUGAUCCCUUUAUGCAGUUGUCCUCCGGCUUACAUAUUUGUUCUUGGUGCUUUAAAGAGGAAAAAGAUCUUUGUCUUAACUUUAUUCUCUCCUUGUUCAUUUUUUCUAAUUCUGUCCCCAUUAUCGUUUCGACAUAUGAAUCUAGUGGUUACACUUUACAAAAAGAAAAAAAAACUAAUUAAGAUUGAUGUAAACGAAUAGUUUUGUUUACAUUGUUUUGGUUUUACCAAACAAGUUACU